UGUUGUGCGUAGUAUCAAAUCUGAUUGUGAUGGUAGUGUUAUAGUGUUUUAACCUAAACUAUCUUUUUUGGCACACUGAAAAACAAUUUUGAAAGCUGUUUUUAAUUGUUUGUAUUUUGGUUUUUAUGCAUAUUACUUCAAAGCACAUAAAACGCGAUACAAAUAAUAGUAAAACCAUUUUAGUGUGUGAAAAUCAGAUUAUACAGGGCGCUAAUACUUUCACAAAUGAAUAUAGAUCCGGUGGUAUCGAGAUACUUGUAUGUAGUCUUACACCUUUUCAAAAAUUAGUUUUUUCGAAAAAGAAAACCUUAAUGUUAGAAACAUUUUUUUUAAUUUAGUAGGUGCGGACGUAUCGUUGGAGGCUAAAUGAAAGCUAUUCAAAAGAAAACUCAUUAUUAAAACCACAUAUUUUCAUGGCUACCUAGAUUCGCCGAUAUUAAAUCCGUCAUAAUCUUUCCUCUAACAGGUUUAAGUCUUACUUUUCUUACCUCUAGCGUUACAUAAAAACAUGGAAAACCGACUGGAGAUUAUUGACAUUUUUACGAAAAAAGUUUAAGCGUGAUUUCAGAAGAUCUAACGUCAACUCUGUAAAAAUAUAAAUAAUAUUAUGGCAUCAUUAUACUUUCAACAAGUUUGAUAACAGCUUGUUAUCAAGAUAAUAUGUUAAUUUUAGAUACGACAAGUACAAAAAGAUAGUAUCAAUAUCUCUACGUCAAUAGUAUCCGCUAUUUUGUAAUUCUCAGCAAUUUUCAGUAUCGAUUGUUUGAAAAAUCCCACGUACGUAUGAUUUUUGUGUUCACGUAAAACAACUGAAUUUAUUAGUGGUUACUGUUAACUUAACAGCUGUUGCCGAUUUAACUGGACGUAAGCUAUAUUGAAACGAUAAAGGGCCAGCAUUGAAAUCACAUUUAUGCAAAAUCCAGAAUUUGAACUGCCUGUAUUUCGAUAUUUUUGGCAUCAAACAGACCAUAUUUAUUUAUAUCCCAAAAGUAUUAAUUGUUGCAUUCUCGAUGUGACAUUGACUUGUUAAAAUAUGAAGUAGUACUUAUUUUGCAUUCACCGCAAUGUUUUUUAUCAUUGCUAUGAUAAUGACAGUUACUAUGAGAAAUAAUUAGAAUGGAAUAUAAAAAAAAAUAUUUGAUAACUGAAAGAACGGAGUGUCAGUUUUGACUCGUUAUUCAAGAACGGUGAUCAUCGAUAUAGGCCUUAGUGAUGGAUGGACUAAAUCUUGAUGUGACGCAAGGUGACAGUUUCGGAUUUGAGAAAUACUCUAUGUGCAAGGCUCUUAAUAUGGUACAGAGCGCUAGAAGAGCUUUUGCAUCAAACAAAACAAGAUCUACCAAAUUUCGGAAGACGCAGUUGAAAGAAUUGGUGAAAUUUUUAGAAAAGGAGGAAAAAGCGUUGUGCACAGCUGUUUACGAUGACCUGAAGAAACCUAAAGCCGAAACCAUUUUGCACGAAAUAUUAACAGUUAUAAAAGAAGCAAGAGAAGCUGUGAACAGUUUGCAGUCUUGGGUAAAACCAACAACGGUGAAGUCUACAAUUGUAAACAGUCUUGAUACUGUCAAAAUUUUAGAUGAGCCUUAUGGAGUAACGCUAGUGAUUGGAGCGUGGAAUUUUCCUGUGCAUUUAACCCUUCUGCCUGUCAUUGGUGCCAUUGCUGCUGGAAACUGCGUAGUGAUAAAGCCAUCAGAACAUGCUCCAGCUACAGCUAGAGCUAUAGCCUCCCUCCUGCCUAAGUACAUCGAUAGCGAGUGCUAUCCUGUGUACCUUGGUGGGGUAGAGGAGACAUCGGAACUCCUCAAACAGAAAUUCGACUAUAUCUUCUUCACUGGUUCACCUUCAAUCGGAAAGCUCGUACAUCAGGCAGCAAGUCAAAAUCUUACUCCAGUGACAUUAGAGCUAGGUGGUAAGAGCCCAGUCUACAUAGAUAAUACAGCCAAUUUGAAGCUUGCAGCUAAAAGAAUAAUGUGGGGAAAGACACAGAACUGCGGACAAAUAUGCGUUGCUCCUGACUAUGUUCUGUGUUCAAAAGAAGUGCAAGAUAAGUUUUUGAAGUAUGCUCAGGCUGCUUUACACCAGUUUUAUGGAGACAAUGUGAGAGAAAACGGCGACUUCGGCCGCAUCAUCAACCAACACCAUUUCCACCGCCUAACUGGCCUCUUGCGUGAUCAGAAGGUGGCCAUUGGCGGUCCCAGUGAUCCCAAGGACCAUUUUGUCCAUCCCACUAUCGUCACAGAUGUCCAUCCUGAUGACGCGAUUAUGCAGGAAGAGAUCUUUGGGCCCAUCUUGCCCAUUGUCACAGUGGAAAGUUAUGAAGAAGCCAUCAACUUCAUCAAUCAGAGGGAGAAGCCUUUGGCGCUUUACGUUUUCACUGGAUGUAAGAAGGUGAAAAAGGCCUUUUUGAGGGAGACGUCUAGUGGAGCUGUUCUGAUCAAUGAUGUGCUCAUGCAUUCGGUUGCUGAUGGAUUGCCUUUUGGAGGAGUUGGAAAUUCAGGUAUUGGUGCAUAUCACGGAAAACACACAUUUGAUACGUUUUCUCACAAAAAAGCUGUCAUGGAGCGAGGAACUUCUAUGUUGAUUGAUAAAAUUGACUCGAUUAGAUACCCACCAUAUAACAAUACCAAGACAAAGCUGCUGAAAACUGUGUUUAGGUAAGAUAUCACACUUGAGGCUGUGAAUCACAUGUACAGCAUAUACAAUCCGACACAGCAACGUACUCCAACAAAAACUACGGCGCAUUUUCUGGCGAAUUCCUAUGACUUUGCGAGAAGCUACCUCAUGCAAUCACGUCAUAUGCUGCUUAAUCGUAUCGUCCGAAGUUGCGUUAAAAAUGAUGUCAAGUAGAUUUACUCUACGCUUCUCACCUCUUCUUAUGUUUGUCUGGCCGCUUGAAGUUUUGGUCUCAAUGGUGGCCUUUUUCAACUAAAUCAUGUCGUUUCAUUCAGCGGCUAGAAAAACAUGGAAGAUUAUCAGCAUGAAAACCACAGGAUAAGUUUCAGGUGCUACAUAAUUUUUAAUGUAAUGUAAUUUCGUAGUGGCUUCAAAAAGUCGUGUCAGAAACAUAUUAAUGUUUGCAUUAGCUAAUUGGGCUUUACAUGAAAAAAAAAUCACAGACUGCAGCAAUGAGCAUGGCCUUAUUCCUUUGGAGCUCUGUAAGAAAAGCGUCAUCAAUGUUUGAUAACUGAUUACAAUAGCUCUUGAUACGUACUAAUAUACUAUAAUACUCGUAUAAUUAUACUAUACAUUGCCCCAGAAAUCAAAUAACCUUAAACACAUGCAUAACCCUCAUAAAAUCGGGUCUACGUCCAUAUAUCUCAGUCAAAGUUUUUUGAAAACGAUCAGGUCCUUCUGGAACAUCAAAAAAUGAGGUUUGUUCUAUUUCAAUGUUCAACUUUUUUCCUUAGCAUAGUAGUAUAACAUAGAUUUGAAAGCAGAUAGACGCAUUAUACGUUAUAAUAAAAAUACUGAUAAUAUAGCGGAUAAACAGACAAACUGGUGGGUAUGAGUGAAAUGGUUAUUUGUGAUUUACAUAUCAUGUAAUAAAAAAAAUAUACAGGUAUCUCAUUUCUUCGUCAGUUGGACUAAUGUACUUUGAUGAAUAGGCUCUAUUUGAAUACUUUUCCAUCUGAUUAUUGCUUUUUCAGGAUCAAUAGGACGCUACCAGUAAAAUACGUGCCUCAUCUUAUCAUGUUUAGCCUGGGAGUCGCUGUUACUUGUGGAGCAUACUAUUUGAAUAAGUAUAUACAAAACGAGGUCGACUAAAAUGAUCUUUAGCAUUUUUUGCUAGGUUCGCUGUGCACAUAGAGGUUUAGAGAAGGAACAUACUACAUUUAUCUUGACUCAACCCUUCGUUACGAAAUUUUCGCUAUUGGCUGUUGAUGUAUAGCAUUAUAGUUUAACACUUAUUGUCCAUCAAAUCGGUAUACCCAAAAUAUUACCAAUGCAUAUUUUCAUCAUAAAGGGUGUUCCAUCUGUUGGUUAAUUUUUGAACUAGGGCUUAUCUCACGGUUGGCAACAUCAUCAUCAGUUCUGUUUUGACAGGAAUUUAGUAAAGAGUCUGCGGUGAACGAAUAUGGAUCCGAUAUACGCUUGAACAACGUUGGGAAGCGCUAAAAAUUGGAUGCAUCCACAACGCGUGACUGUUUGGUGUGAUUUAUGGUCUGGUGGCAUUAUUGGGCUUUUUUUUCGAAGAUGACGAAGGACGCGCCGUCACGGUCAUUGUUGUGCGCUAUCGGACUGACUAUAUCUUUCCGGAAACCGAUAAAAAGACUUGGAUGGCAUGUGGUUCCUGCAAGAUGGCGCCACCUGCUACACAAGUAGCGAAACAAUCGCUCUUCUCCAAAAACUGUUCAAAAAUCGGUGAUCAGCCGUUUUGAUGAUGUGACUUGGGCACCGCGAAGCUGCGAUUAACUACGUUGGAUUAUUUUUUGUGGGGAAGCGUAAAAGAUAAAAAAUGCUAUGUGGAUAAUCCAACGACGAUUGAGCACUUUAAGCCCAAUAUUCAUGCAGCCAUUGGUGAGAUAAUGCCGCAGACUUUGGAAAAUGUACUGAAAAAUUGGGUCGACAGAAUCGGCUACGUCAAGCUCAGCCGUGCCGCGCAUAUGAAUGAGAUUGUGUUUCAUCAUUAACCGGAAGGAUAGUACUCCCAAAUAAAAAAAAACCGUGUGGAAAAAGAACUCUGCGUUUCCAUUUUAACCAUCGACUUAAAAACUAACCAACAAAUGUAUCACCCUUUAUCAAGGAUUCUAAUUGCAUCUCAAGUGAUGUGGUGGGGGUGAAUUCAUAGAACCUUCUAAUACAAAAAAAUAUUGAUUUGUGUAUGAUUGUAUACAUCUUGUGAUAAAUAUAGGUUGAAGUGGAAGACAAUGUAUGUAUAUUACUAAUAAAACAAGUUAUGAAUCUAA